GGCCGCGGGAGACAUUGGCCUGGGGUCGGCGCCGAGUAGCCAGUCCGCGCGGUUCUCUCCGGGUCCACUGCUCACACUUUUCUGUUCUCUUCCAAGAGCCUCACUCCAGGCUUCGAGGCGGACUGCUAUCUCCCUAGACACCACUUAGCAGACAUGGAUCAAGAGCCACAAAAUGGAGAACCUGCGGAAAUUAAUAUCAUUAAAGAAGCAUACAAGAAAGCCUUUCUAUUUGUUAAUAAAGGACUAAAUACAGAUGAAUUAGGGCAGAAGGAAGAAGCAAAGAACUACUAUAAGCAAGGAAUAGGCCAUUUGCUCAGGGGAAUCAGCGUUUCAUCAACAGAACCUGAACACACAGGCCCUGAGUGGGAAUCUGUUAGACAGAUGCAACAGAAAAUGAAAGAAACACUACAGAAUGUACGUACUAGGCUGGAAAUUCUAGAGAAAGGUCUUGCCACUUCUCUGCGGAAUGAUCUUCAGGAGGUACCCAAGUUAUAUCCAGAAUUUCCUCCUAAAGACAUGUCUGAAAAAUCUCCAGAGCUUCCAUCCACUAGUUCACCUACCCAGCAGCCCGAAGUAAAUGGAAAUACGUCAAAUACAGGGCCAAUUCCUGCACCUGGUUCUCUAGCCUUACCCUCCCAGAGUCAUCCAGCAGAAGCACCUCCUGCUUAUACUCCUCAGGCUGCUGAGGGUCACUACACUGUGUCCUAUGGGACAGAAUCUGGGGAAUUUUCAUCUGUUGGAGAAGACUUUUACAGGAAUCAUUCCCAGCCACCUCCUCUUGAGAGCUUAGGGCUAGACGCAGAUGAGUUGAUUUUGAUACCAAAUGGAGUCCAGAUUUUUUUUGUAAAUCCUGCAGGAGAGGUUAGUGCACCUUCAUAUCCUGGGUAUCUUCGAAUCGUGAGGUUCUUGGACAAUUCCCUUGACACAGUACUAAACCGUCCUCCUGGAUUUCUUCAGGUUUGUGACUGGCUGUAUCCCCUAGUUCCUGACAGAUCUCCAGUUCUUAAAUGUACUGUGGGAGCCUACAUGUUUCCUGAUACAAUGUUACAAGCAUCAGGAUGCUUUGUGGGGGUGGUCUUGUCUUCUGAAUUACCAGAAGAUGAUAGAGAACUCUUUGAGGAUCUGUUAAGACAAAUGUCUGACCUUCGGCUCCAGACCAAUUGGAACCGGGCAGAAGGAGAAAAUGAAUUUCAAAUCCCUGGAAGAUCAAGAAGUCCCCCUGACCAGUUGAAGGAAGCCAGUGGCACUGAUAUGAGACAGUUGGAUCCUUCAUUGGAUCAAGGUAGUAAGGAUGUGCGUCAUAAAGGAAAACGAGGAAAAAAGACAAAAGACACUUCAAAUGAAGAAGUUAAUCUGAGUCACAUUGUACCCUAUGAGCCAGUUUCAGAAGAAAAAGCAAAGGAAUUACCUGAAUGGAGUGAAAAAGUAGCUCAGAACAUUUUGUCAGGUGCUUCCUGGGUGAGCUGGGGUUUAGUCAAAGGUGCAGAAUUUACUGGCAAAGCAAUCCAGAAAGGCGCUUCUAAACUCCGAGAACGGAUUCAACCAGAGGAAAAACCAGUGGAAGUUAGCCCAGCUGUGACCAGGGGACUUCAUAUAGCAAAGCAGGCCACAGGAGGAGCAGCGAAAGUCAGUCAGUUCCUGGUAGAUGGAGUUUGCACUGUAGCAAAUUGUGUUGGAAAGGAACUAGCUCCGCACGUCAAAAAGCAUGGAAGUAAACUUGUUCCAGAAUCACUUAAAAAAGACAGAAAUGGGAAGUCUCCUCUGGAUGGUGCUAUGGUUGUAGCAGCAAGUAGUGUUCAAGGUUUUUCAACUGUCUGGCAAGGAUUGGAAUGUGCAGCUAAAUGCAUUGUUAACAAUGUUUCAGCAGAAACUGUACAAACUGUCAGAUACAAGUAUGGGCACACUGCAGGAGAAGCUACACACGAUGCAGUAGAUUCUGCCAUCAAUGUUGGUGUGACUGCCUAUAAUAUUGACAACAUUGGUAUCAAAGCAAUGGUGAAGAAAACUGCAAAACAAACUGGACAUACACUCCUUGAGGACUAUAAACUAGUUGAUAAUUCUAAAGGGGAAGUGGGAGCAAAUGCAAGUAUGAAAGGGGAGGAUGAUGAACAGAGCAAGGAACUAGAGAAGAAUGAGACAAAGAAGAAAGAUAAAUGAUGAAGUGCUGUGAAUGACCUUUGCUAUACCAAAGCCUUACAAGAUGGAUACAAUUUUGUUAAAUAGGCAAGUGUGGAAUUCUCCACACAUUAACCAGUAUUUUAAAAAUGUAUUCAUUCUUACUGACUUAUUUCAUAAGCUUUAUGGCAAGUAUUCUACUUAAAAUGAAAAAAGAAUCAGUAUUCUUGCAUCUUGCCCUUGGAAAUACACAGUUAUAUUCUAAGUAAGUUUAUUUUUCCUAAAUGUGGCUAAAAUAUUUUUGCAGUUUAGACUAAUCAUACAUAUAUUAUAAAUCUCAUUAAACCUAAUGCUAAACUAUUUUUGUAUUUACUAUCAGGAAGUAGGAAAGUAUGAGGAAGUAAGAAGGUAGGUGAUUUUAUAUUUACAUAAAACUUAGUUCAAUUUGUACUGGGAAAGGAUCAUUUAAAAUAUUGUCCUCUGUGCAUUAAUGGUGGAUUUUUUUUUAUAGAUGCUUGUCAGAAUUUUCAGUGAAUGAGCUAAAAAAACUAUAAUCUUAAACUAAAAGAAUUUUCAUUUAACAUUUAAAAGACUUCAAAUCAUGAAGAGACUACUCGUAAAAAGUAAAAUGAGGUUCUGUAAAAUUAAUUUGAUAGCUUAUCUGUUAGGAAACAUGAUCAUUUCUUAUUUAAAAUAAGUAUAAAUUUUUAAGUAUUCUGAAUUUAGACUGGCAUUCUCUGUUAAGAGUCUUAAGAACUACUGGGGUAUGAGUGGCAGUCUACUAAAAUUUGAAGUGAUUAUUACCAGCUUAAUUAGACAAAAGAGGACUUUUAAAAAAUCAUGUUACUAGGCCCUCCCUGGUGGUGCAGCAUUUUGAAACACAGCACUGCAAAGCUAAGUCAAGCCAAUCCAAGGAUGCUUCAGUGUUGUAUCCCUGCCCCGGAGGUGAUCCACAUGGCACAGCUGCCUGCUGCUCCCCUUAGCAGUGCACUUUGUCAGUCAGCCU